CACCUAGAACCUCACUCUCCCAAAACCUCCAGAGCUUUCUUCCUUCCGCCGAAAAACCCAAGCCUUUUCUGAGAGUUCUCCACCUGUUUGUGAAAAUGUCUAAGGAAGUAAUCGAGGAGGGACAGGCCCGCCACCAUGGGAAGGACUACGUCGACCCACCGCCAGCUCCUCUCUUUGACACGGACGAGCUCAAGCGCUGGUCCUUCUAUAGGGCCCUCAUCGCCGAGUUCAUCGCCACUCUCCUCUUCCUCUACGUCACCGUAGCCACCGUCAUCGGCCACAAGUCCUCACCCGGCGACUGCGGCGGCGUUGGCCUUCUGGGCAUCGCCUGGGCCUUCGGCGGCAUGAUUUUCGUCCUCGUCUACUGCACCGCCGGAAUCUCUGGUGGCCACAUUAACCCAGCCGUGACUUUUGGUCUUUUCUUGGCCCGCAAGGUCUCCCUGAUCAGAGCCGUGGCUUACAUCGUUGCCCAGUGCUUGGGAGCCAUCGCAGGCGUUGGGCUGGUCAAGGCCUUCCAGAAGCACAACUACAACUCCCUCGGCGGCGGCGCCAACUCCGUGGCUCCUGGCUACAACAAGGGCACUGCUCUGGGUGCUGAGAUCAUCGGCACCUUCGUGCUCGUUUACACCGUCUUCUCAGCCACCGACCCCAAGAGGAGCGCACGUGACUCCCACGUGCCUGUUUUGGCUCCACUGCCCAUUGGGUUUGCUGUGUUUGUUGUGCACCUGGCAACAAUCCCCAUCACCGGAACUGGAAUCAACCCAGCAAGGAGCUUCGGCGCUGCUGUGAUCUACAACAACGAGAAAGUCUGGGAUGACCACUGGAUCUUCUGGGUCGGACCAUUUGUGGGAGCACUGGCUGCGGCGGCGUACCACCAGUACAUUCUGAGGGCGGCGGCGAUCAAGGCGUUGGGAUCAUUCCGCAGCAACCCGACCCACUAAAACGAAGAUUGAAGAAACAAUGUUCUGAUGAUAUUUUGUUCUCUAUUAUUAGUGUGUAGUGUGUAUUGAGAGUGUUGUUUUCAUUUUGUUCUCUAUUUUUAUAAUUUAAUUUCUUAAUUUUAAUUAGCUAGAUUUGAAUGAUGUUUAUUAAUUUUUGUUUAUGAGUAGUGUUGUUUUAUUGCUAA